AAACAAAACCUAAUCUUAUCUUCUUUCGUCUAUCAGCUCGUCCCCCGCAUCUUCUAGACGACCGGCGAGACCAGCACCGCACGUCGUCCCUUCCCCGCAGUCACAGUCGCACUUCUAGCCCUAUUCAUCGUCCCUUUCCUCUCUCUUUGGCGUGCAAACCCAGCAGCGAACCCAACAACUCUCAUUUUAGGCUUUCCUCUUCAUUGAAGACUUAUUAUUUCUUUGUUAUAAAACCCUAACUUUUCUCUCUCUCUCUCUCGCCGCUCCUGUUAGUUCCUCUGGCACGGCAAACCCACUUCGUCGCUUCCCUACUCUUCAUCGCUAUGAGCUACAGCAGCACACACCUCGACGACGGCGUCUCUCACCUCCUCAAGUCGACGGUGCCCCGCCAAGACAUUCUAUUUUUCGAAUCAAGCUUCUCUUUACCCUCUUUGUUGGUUUUAAGAGGCUUUGGCGUUUUGCAAGUGUUUGAAAAGAAUUUGAGUCAAGUGGAAAUUUCGAUCUCGAUUCAUCAGAGAGUUGAAAAUUGAGGAUUUGGAGAACCUGCAAUGAAGGUGUUUCAGGUCAAUGGAGAAACUCUUGCCCUAGCCCUUUACUCCGAUGUUACUAACGCCAAGGAACUCCAGGAUUCUAUGCAAGCUGGAACAUUGGAACCAGAAGUUGCAUUUCUCAAUGCUUCUCUUAUCCCAGAUGUUUUCCCUCUAUUAGCAGCUGCACAUAAGACCAUAGUUGCCAAAUCGCGGGAGUCACUGACAACGCGCACUCUUCAUUCAGAGCUUGUUUACAAUUACUCAGGAUCUAAGCAUAUUACAGAAUCCUUGAAAAGAUGUGGCAUCUCUGAAAGCUCAUCUUAUGUGCUUGCUGCUCGUUUCAAUGCUUCUCCUGAUGAGAUGAAAGGCGUAGAGAAACUUAUCAAUGGGAAGCAGAUUGACUUGGAGGAAUUGGGAGUCAGAGCAGACCAAGCCCAAAUUCUAAAGCAAUACAAGAUAUCUAGCGUGGAACUUAGGGUGUCCUCACUUGCAGAUGCUAUAACCUCACGAAUUGCUGCCCGAGACGCACUGUAAGAAGAUGUUGAGUUCACUUUUCGGUUAUUCUAGUUCUAAAUUUUCUUUAGGCGCCCCACUUUUAUUUCUGUCUUAAUUGAAGGACAGAAAAUGGUAUUUGGAUUGCUUGAAGUUGUACUGGGAAAUGCUCAUUUCGUUUACUUUGAAUUAAUACAUAUUUAGUUUUCAGCUAGGUGUUUCUGAUAUGAUAAACAUCAUAUAAAGUUAGUCCCUCUCUUGUACCCUUCUUCCUAUCGUGGGAGGAGAGAUAGACAUGUCAAAAAGAUCCAUUAAAUUGGAGCGGGUUGGAGCUCCAAUCCGACAGAUCACUUUUGAUUCGAAACAUUCGGAUACUCAUUGAAUUUUGGAUCUGAGGGAGUGUUGAUAGGUUUUGAUAGUGCUUAAAUAAUAUUAAGCAUCUUUUCAAAUUUAA